AUGUUUCUUCUGCGGAUUUUUGAGGAUGAACAUGUUUUAGGAGUCAUCAUUCUGACAUGGCUGGCGAAUCGUAAACGAGUACAAAAGAUAGGGCUUAUGGAUCAGGUAAUAAUGGGUUACGGUGGACUUCGCGGAGCUAUCUGCUACGGUUUGGUCAUGACACUGGACAAAGAUGCCAUCCCUGCUAAAGACAUGCUGGUGACCACCACUAUUGUUGUGAUCGUCGUUACCGUAUUUUUCCAGAGUGGUGACGAUAUGAUGGCAGGAGUUGAGGCGAUCAUCGGAAUGCGCGGAUCGAAUUAUUGGCGAAGGCGUCUGUCCGAGUUCAACCACAACUACGUACAGCCAACCCUGAUGCGUACACCGUCGUCUCGCGGCGAAAAGCUCAUGGAAAAGUAUUCGGCCCUUUCAGCCGAAGAGCAACGGUUGAGGUUACUGGAGCGAUAUGGCGUGUAA